CAAGACUCAUUGAGCCAAAAACAGGAAACACAUGGCCCAGGCCGCCUCUGAUUUGAGUACACCUGGGCUUAUAAUGAGCCCGGGACCAGAUCUCACCUCCACUGCAACGGCGGCUCCGUGAACCGAGGCAUGGGCUGCAGCGCCUGCCUCUGGCUGCUACUCUCCCUCGGCUGCGUUUGGGGCAUGGGCCGCAGGGCGAGGGAGACUGUGCUGGGCACCCUGGGGAAGGCGACGAUGUUACGGAUCCCCCCCGAACUCCAGAACCUCACCCUGCACUGUGGGGAGGCCAUGUGGAAGCGGGACACGGAAGACCCGCAGAGGAAACUUGUCCUGCUCAAGUACUCGGGUGGCAACUACACCAACUUCAUGCAGGGCCGGAAUCGCUUCCACAAGCUGGACUUUUCCCUGGAGAUCCUGAACACCAGCCGGCAGGACAGGCAGCUCUACGAGUACGUCGUCAGCAAGGCGUCGGAGGAAGAAGUCUGGCAGAUACAGCUGGAGGUGUAUGAGCCGGUGUCCCAUCCCAGCAUCCAGAUCCUCAGCCGGGUGUUGGCCAACGGCAGCUGCGCCGUCACCCUCAACUGCACAACGGAGCGAGGGGAUAACGUCUCCUACAACUGGGCCAGCCAGGACCUCAGCACCUCGGGGCUCUGCUCCCACAACGGCAGCCUCCUGCACCUCUCCUACUCCCUGCAGGACGCCAGCAUCGCCUGCGCCUGCACGGCCAGCAACCCCAUCAGCAGCCGGGUUGUCACCUUCAACUCCUCCGAGUGCAACUACGAGCACGGGGGCGGUGCCGGGCUAAGGACGGAGCAACUCGUGCUGCUGGUGGUGGUGCCCAUCGUCACGGUGGUGGUGAUCAUCGGGGUCUUUGUGGUGGCCCGUUUGGCCAUGCCCAGGGCCAGCCCGGAGCAGGAGCACUCGUCGCUGGCCGAGGACGGCACCUUGCACACCAUCUACUCCCAAGUGCAGCGGGUGGAGAGCCCCAAGAAGGACCCCACGACGGUUUACGCCAAGGUGAUGAUGCCCAUGGUCUGA